AUGGCAUUGUUUGGACCGCUAAGCAUCCGUGUAAGAGAAAUGUACAAUAACGAAAAUUUACUCAAUAUAAAUGGAAAAAAUCCUGGUGAUUAUGGACGGCGAUUGCUACGUGUAUUAUAUACUCAAGAUGAAUUAAAAACAUUUCGAAAAAGGCUGAGCGAUUUUUUGCUUGAAGAAGAACGUCGUGAUAAGGUAGAAAUAAAACGUCUUCGAGUACAACAAGAAUCAACCGAAAUAUGUACUCCUAUGACAGUAGAUCCAACGUCAAUGCCUGUUAUUUAUUUAUCAACGUCAAUGACCAAUGAUGAAUAA